AUGGUUUACAUUUGGUCAAGAAGGAAUCCAUAUAUAAGAUUAAACUUUUUGGGCAUUUUGGUGUUUUCAGCCUCAUUUUUGCCUUGGGUUCUCUUGUUAUUCUCGAUAUUUUUGAAUGGUCAGAUUCCAACGGGAGACAUUUUGGGUAUGCUUGUCGGUCACAUCUAUUACUUUUUGGAGGACGUAUGGCCUCGGGAUCCCAUGAGCCAUGGUAAAAAAUGGAUAAAAACGCCUCGAAUCAUCCGCUGGCUAGUAGAAGGAAAUCGACCUAGGGACGAUAGCAUUGGCAUUGGAGAUGCAACCGAAGAUAAUGAAUUCACAGAAGAGGUCGAACCUGACAAUUAUGACAAUACAGUAGAUACGAACAUUGGAAAUGAACAAGAGCCAUCAUCAUCUCCUUCAAACAGCACUACAUCCAGAGACAUUUCAGCCACUUCAGAUACCCAUGAUAUGAACAAUUCAGAAUAUAGUGGCGAACAAAAAGCUCACCUUCCGGAAACCCAAGAAGGAACAACACUAUUCACUACUUCUUUAGCACAGUCAGAAUCCUCCUCUUCUUCAGCAACUGCUCCUUCCUAUGAAGAUGGAUCAUUAUAG